AUGUUUAUCGAUCCCGCAGUCAGCCUAACUAUCGCAAAGGUGCAAGCGGCGACGCAGGCCAAGGUGACGGACUUGGUAGCAGUCGCUUAUGGCGGUCCAAGUAUGUUGGUUGGCAGUUGUUGGCCGAUUAUGGUCUUUGCCUUUAUGAUUGCUGUCUGGCGGGUGUCGACGAAUCCCAAUCCACGGGCGAUCCUUCUUUUGAUUGCGACCGUGGUGAACCUUGUUGAUAUCGCCAAUCUCACAUAUGGAAAGACGGUCGCUCCUUCCGCACUUGCCAUGACACCCCAUCUCGUCUUGCUGGUCAUCUGUGGCCAAGUCAAGCUUGGGCUGCUCAUUGCAGCGUCUGGUUGGCGAUUUAGCCAAGUUUGCGCCGUAGCCCGACACCGGCAAAUGAUCAGUUGGGGAAUCACUGGUUUAAUUGCCACUUGGACUACCGCAAACACGGCUGUUGGGAUAUACGAUGUGUCAAGGACUGGACAAGCAUCCAGGGUGUUUUGGGGCAUGCUUGCCAUGUUUCCCGCAGCGUAUCUUAUUCCAGCAAUCUUCACAUUCACUCUCACGCUUUCCAGAGUGGAACAAGGAGUAAAAGAGUACACCAGCAGCGCUCACGCAUCCAGUGCUCAAAAAUUCCGGCACUUACGAAUAGCCAAUAACAUUCUCAUUACGAUAACGUUCAUCUGCUGCACAGCGGUGCUCAUUGUCACGCAGACAUUUGAUUCACUGCAAAACCGCUUUGUCGUUCCAUCCGUUCUAUUCUCUGGGACCGUAUGGUUAUGUGCUGAGAGCUGCUUUGAAGUAUUGACGGUGUGGCAAAAACUAAAGGUCGUUGUCGAUACUGGGGAAACGACACCUGUCGGAAGCCGAAUGCAACGCAGUCCAACCGGAAAGGGCACACAGGCAAAGCUGACUGGUAGCCAGAGUGCCAUGCCUUGAUGUUCAAAAGGGAGGAUUGGAUGAGUAGAGGUUUACCCGUUUACCCUUAGAAUACCCUGCGCGCCCUUCCUUUGCUGGAUCUGCGCCGUAUUUAUAAAAUAGAAUUUAGGGUUCACGCCAAAGUUUAUUACGCGUUGUGUGGAUACCUUGCAAAAUAUAAGACGGUCCAAAGUCCAAAUAUCAUCACAGAGGAAUAUGCAAUGCCUUGCAUCCUCGCAAAUUUUCAGCAAGUACUCGAGCUACCAUUUCGUUGCUAGAGGUUGCAGGAAGCAUCCGAUAACCUAAUUGCGUUGGUUACAUAUGCAUAGGUGCACUAAUAGUCCCACAUCCGUAGUAGGUGAUGCGAGAAUUGCUUACAGUGUUCUCAAAUGGCCAAAAACAUGCAAGAAUUGACAGUGUCGCCAGCCAGAAACAAUUUCAUCAUUGCCAUCUUCAACACCUCGCAGUAAUAAUCUAUUAUAAACAAUCAUAUAUACAAGUACACAUGCGAAUUAAGAAGUCAUGGAUCUAUCCCAGAAUGGAG